CGGACCGCAACACGGGUGUCAUUUAAUAGCGCGGUACUUUGAAGGUACCGAGGAUGGAUUUCACCCAAAUUAUCUGCUUGCUUAUUGUGUCUUCUGCCCUGGGAAUUGUAUAUGUGGAUGCACAGGAAGGGGCUGUAGCAGAUAGUGGUUUGUUCCCGGUGGUCUUCAAUCUUGCCACGGAUGCCUACAUAACUACGAACGCCACCUGUGGCGAGAAUGGGCGGGAGAUGUACUGUAAACUAGUCGACCACGUCAUCAAAAAGCGCGUGGAAAAUAUUCAUUGCGGAGUCUGUGAUUUGAGCCAAUCGCAUCCGUCCCUGAAUCAUGACAUUAAAUACGCCAUCGACGGGUCGAAUUAUUGGUGGCAGAGUCCGAGUAUUACGCAGGGGUUUCGUUAUCACUUCGUCACCGUCGACCUUGACCUCAGACAGAUCUACACCGUAGCAUAUGUGAUUGUGAAGGCAGCCAACUCUCCGCGGCCAGGCAACUGGAUCCUUGAGAGAUCAGUGGACGGAGUGAUGUACAAGCCGUGGCAGUACUUUGCUAUCAGUGACUCAGAAUGUUUCAAUCUCUUUAACAUUCCCCCAACUAUUGGAAAACCAAAAUAUAAAAAUGACAGCGAUGUGAUUUGUACAUCAUUUUACUCUCGGUUGGAUCCACUUGAGAAUGGAGAGAUUCAUAUCUCUUUGGUAAAUGGACGACCCGGUGUUGAUGGACCAUCAACAGAACUUAUCGAAUUUACAUCUGCCCGCUUCAUCAGACUGAGAUUCCAGAGAAUUAGGACCCUGAAUGCAGACCUCAUGACCCUGCAGACCAAUACACCAGAAGAUGUCGACAUGACUGUGACGAGGAGGUAUUUUUACUCAAUCAAGGACAUCUCAGUUGGUGGUCAGUGUAUCUGCUUCGGUCAUGCUGAAGUUUGCCCGAGAGGUGAGGGUGACAAUGUGAAAUGUAAAUGUGAGCACAACACCUGUGGCGACUCCUGUGAGACCUGCUGUCCCAUGUUCAACCAACAUCGCUGGCGGGCCGGCACCAAGAAGGACCCCGGCAUCUGCGAGCAGUGUAACUGUAACCGCCACGCAGAAUCAUGCGUGUUCAACCAGACGAUCGCCGACCUCAAGAUGAGCAUGAAUAAACAGGGAGUCUUCAAUGGUGGGGGAGUCUGCUUAGACUGUCAGCACAAUACAGAGGGAAUAAACUGUCAGACGUGCAAGGAUGGUUAUUUCAGACCCAACAAUCUUCCCCCAGAUCACCCUAACCCAUGUCAGCAAUGUCGAUGUGACAGUGUUGGAACCACAGGGGCCUGUGUCAGGGACUCCAGUCGGGUUAGGGAAGAACUGGUGACUGUGUCUGCAAGCCUGGGUAUGCUGGGCCCAAAUGUACCAGAUGUGCUGCAGGGUUUAUUGGCUUCCCUAACUGUGAGCCUUGCCCUUGUAACAGAGCUGGCAGCGUCAAUGUGGACACCUGUCAAGGAGAUUAACAAUGUUAAAGGCGAACAAUGUGAUCGGUGCAAACCUGGAUACUACAACCUGGACAUCACCAACCCCAAUGGCUGCAGCCCAUGUUUCUGUUUUGGUGUGACUGACAUCUGUCACAGUGUCAUGUGGGGGCGGUAUCAGAUUGCUUUGUUGGAUGACUGGUACAUCUCCGACACAAUCUCAAAGAAUGUCUCGGAUCCCACCUACACUCCGACUGAGUUAAUCUUGAAUUCUGCGGAGAGGGGCCAUGUGGGAACACCAGCUUAUUGGACAGCACCACAAGAGUACUUGGGCAAUAAGCUGAUAUCAUAUGGCGGCUACCUGAAUUACAGUGUUAAAUAUGAGUUGGACGAGAAUGCAACCCCAGGAAGUUAUCUGGCUGACACUGAUAUUCUGUUGCAGGGUAAUAAUGGCAUGACCAUCGGGCAUGGUGGCUCCUACAGAAGGCAAGGCAAAACACACAUGCUUUCAGUAAGGCUGUUGGAGAAAAACUGGCAGCACAUCAACAUAUCGGCCGGCUACUGGGGCUCUGAGGCAACCAAAAGGGACUUCAUGGCCAUCCUUCAUCAACUGGAGAAGAUUUUGAUUCGGGCCAGUUACCACACUAAGCAGAUUGUCUCAAAAUUAUCAAAUGUGCGUUUUGAUGCUGUCGGUGAGACUGUGAUCAACCCUGAAGGACAAACCCUUAUGACUGUCGAGCAGUGUGAAUGUCCCCCUGGCUACGCUGGACUUUCUUGUGAGACUUGCAUAACUGGAUAUCGACGUGUUUAUGAUCGGCUAUACAACGGAGAAUGUCGUCGUUGUGAUUGUCACGGCCAUGCUGAUACGUGCGAUUCAGAGACAGGGAUAUGCAAGGACUGCAAAGACAACACUAAUGGCCUUAGAUGUGAAGUCUGCAGAAUCGGUUUCUAUGGUGAUGCGACCAGAGGCAAAGAGAGCGACUGUAAGCAAUGCGCCUGCCCCCUCAACGUUACUUCCAACAACUUUGCCCAGCAGUGUCUGGCUACGAACCCAGGGGAAUACACCUGCCUUAACUGUCAAACUGGCUAUACUGGACCUCACUGUGAAACUUGUGAUGAUGGCUACUUUGGUAACCCGAACAUCCCCGGCAACUAUUGUCAGAGUUGUGACUGCAGUGGAAACGUGGAUCCAAAUGUUGUCAGCAACUGUAACAAGAUGAAUGGAGAAUGCUUGAAGUGUAUCUUCAAUACCAAGGGAUUUAACUGUCAACAAUGUCUGGAUGGAUUUUAUGGCAAUCCUUUGAAGCAGGAGUGUCGAGCUUGCAAUUGUAAUCAGUACGGUUCUGUAAACUCCACUUGUGAUGAAAUCGACGGCCGCUGUAAAUGUAAGGCAAAUUUCACUGGGAGGCAGUGUGAAAAAUGUGUGGUUGGCAUGGGCGACAUCAAGGUUGGAUGCCGAAAUUGCGCCUGCAACUCGACAGGAUCGAAAUCCAGCAUCUGUGAUCAGGUGACUGGACUAUGUCCCUGCAAGGACGGAGUCACCGGUGUGAAUUGUGAGAAAUGUGCACCUGGGUACUAUGGUUACUCGGACGAUGGCUGCAAACCUUGCAUGUGCAAUCGCAUUGGUUCCUACGGUAUCGACUGCAACCAAGUUAAUGGUACCUGUACCUGCCGGCCAAACGUGAUCGGAGAGAAAUGUGAUUCUCCUAAGCCCGGUUUCUUCUGGACGAAUGAUACCGAUGGUGGUGAUGGUGGUGGUGACGGUGGUGACGGUGGUAACAAUAAUAACAACGGUGGAAAUAAUGGUAACACUGGGGGUGAUAACAAUUCAGGUGGCAACAAUGGUGGUGGUGAUAACAAUGGUGGUGAUAACAAUGGUGGUGAUGGCAAUGGUGGUAAAGAUGGAAACGGUGGCAACAAUGGUGGCAACAAUGGCGGUGGUGCCAAAUCCUGUGGGUGCGACCCGAUUGGCUCCACGUCUCCGGCAUGUAACCCAAAUGGCGGACAGUGUCCGUGUAAGCCUGGUGUGACUGGCAGGACGUGUAACGAAUGCAAGCAAGAUUACUGGGGACUUGAUGCAUCUGGUUGUAAACCCUGCGACGUUUGUGAUGUGCCAGGAACAGUCUGUGACGCAACUAACGGAAAAUGUAAAUGUCCGCCAAACACCAUCGGGGCGAGAUGUGAAAAUUGCGCUCCGUUUACUUACGGCCACGAUGCUUACAAGGGAUGCAAGCCAUGCAAUUGUGAAAUUGGCUCAAUCAGUCGAGACUGUGAUGAAAUGACAGGCAACUGUCCUUGCAAAAUGGAGUUUUCGGGCAAAAAGUGUAACAAGUGUAAUUUUGGCUACAUCAACUAUCCAACGUGCAAGUCCUGUACGUGUGACCUGGCUGGAACUCUUGAGAUGCAAUGCAGGAAUGGGCUGUGUCAGUGUAAUACCACAGGGCAGUGUCCAUGCAAGGAAAAUGUUGUCAGGAAGAAAUGCAACAAAUGUAAGAAGGGUACAUUCAGCCUUGACCCGACCAACCCACGAGGAUGCACUGAAUGCUUCUGCUUUGGAAGGACUGAUGAGUGCGAACAGGCCCCCUAUGUCUGGACUAGGGUGUUUGGUAUGGAGAGAAAUGUGACCUUCACCCCCAACUCGGAUUCUGCCUUUGCCAUCGACCCCAGGCGAGACCUCCUGGUCAUUCCCCCAGGGGCAGCCAGCGUCCAUGUGAACUCAACCAAACCUUUGUACUGGAGCCUCAUUGGUGACAUCAGAGGCGAUAAGACUUUGUCCUACAAUGGUAAACUACGUUUCACAGUCUACUAUGAGAAGAGUCGACGUGGAGUUUUGAGUACCCCAUCACCCCGCAUUGGUGUCCCGGGAGGAGAUAACAUCCCACUUAUCCAGCUUGUUGGCAAUUACCGAAUCUAUCUCGAGUAUUAUAACAACACUUCGUUAGUGGAAGGACAGGAUAAUGUAUUUGAGGUUACGCUAAGAGAAGAGAACUGGUAUGAUCUGAACACCCACCGCCCAGUCUCGAGGGAAAUGCUGAUGGUCGCCUUACAGAAUGUCCAGUCACUCCUAAUAAGGGCCGCACCAUCGGCGGAGUCAUUAAGGUUUGCCAGCGUGAAGAGGAUCGGUCUCGACUAUGCUGUUUCGGCAGAUAAUGCGACGGGACCUGAGGCUACAGGGGUUGAGAUGUGCAAGUGCCCGCCACAGUAUGAGGGAUCGUCUUGUCAGAUUUCAUCCAAAAUCAAGGACCCAGCAGAGGGAUAUUUCAGAGAGAAGGGCGAAGAUUUCUUGAAGGACCCGGACCCAAAGAAUCUGAUUGGAGAUGCCAAGCUGUGUGAUUGUUUCAACCACACCUCCGUUUGUGACAAGGAGAGUGGAGACUGCUUCAAUUGCUCUAACAAUGCAAAAGGUGAUAGAUGUCAGUUUUGCGAGGAUGGGUACUAUGGCAACGCCAGCCUCGGUCCAGGUGCUUGUAUGAAGUGUGAAUGCCCACUGGCUGAUGCGAAUAACAAUUUCAGUCCUAAAUGUAUCGCUACCAAAGACAAUGCAGCAAGCGGGGACUACGUGUGCUUUGAGUGUCCCAUUGGCUAUGAGGGUGCCAAAUGUGAAAAGUGUGCUGACAGUUUCUAUGGCAAUCCAAUGCAACCUGGUAGUAGCUGUCAGCUGUGCGGCUGUAAUGACAUGGGAUCGUACAACACGACAUGCGACAUAACGGGGCAGUGUCUGUGCAAGCCGGGAAUUACCGGGAAUAAGUGCGACAAGUGUGAGGAACGGUUUGCCGUCGUCAAGGGAACUUGUAAAUCGUGCGAUGAAGGAUGCUCCAAGGACCUAAUGGCACCGUUGGAUGAGAUGGAGGCUGCGUCUGCACAGAUGGACGUAACAGUUGCCGCCGUGGUACCAUGGCAACGUCUGUACACAAUGGAAAAUAUGACGAAAUUCUUAAAGGAAAAGCAAGAGAAAGCUCGCCUUAAUGCCAUCAACACGCUUAAACAAGAUAUUGGACCCGCAGAAAUGAUGAUUUCAGACUCGCAGAUCAAGACCAAGGAAUCUAAAGUAAAGAGCAACGUCUCACGCAACGAUGCAAGGAAGCUGAAGGACCAACUCAUUGACCUCAUUGAGAUGAACAAUGAAACACACAAAGAUGUCAAAGACUUUGUAACUAAAGUACAUGACCAGCUGACCAAUAAGACCACAAUGUUAUCCGAAGGCCGUAUGUCCAAGCUUCUUGCCCGAGCUGAAGGAAUUCUCAACUCUAUUAAGAGGAGGAACUUCAAUCGCACCGAGAAGAAGCUCAAUAAAGAGAAACAGGCUGCGAUGGACCUUCUCAACCAAGUGAACAACUUCCUGAGCCCUGCCUCAAAGCACAACCUCACCGACCUCUACGCCAGGCUCGGGACCCUCAAUGCCAAGUUGAUCGAUCUGCCGACGUACAUCAGUGAAUCGCUCGCUAGGUCGCAGAGAGCUAACGAACAGAAUCGAAACAGCAGCAAGAUGAUAAACAUCUUGAGGGGCCAGAACAAGGACAUUAUGGACUUGUUCGACGAGUUGGACAUAAUGAUUGAGACAGCGAUGAAGGUGGAUAUGAAUGCUUCUGGCAUAUGUAGAGAAGUGGUACCUCAGAAUAUGCAGGCUUUCAUGAUGAAGAAAGAUGAAUUGGCAGCUGCUAUGUUGGAUAUUGAGGAUGCAACAGGACUACUUACCCAGAAUCUUCCACGCGUUGAGCCCGUUGUGCGAAAUGCCACCAAACAUGCAAAGAAACUAGAGCUAUUGGCAAAGGUCUAUGAAGGCCUGUUCGAUGGUUCUCGUCUGUUGUCAGCGGAUGCUAUAAAAGCGGCCACAGUUUACGAGAACAUCGUGGACGCCAUUGGUGAGUCCAAGACAGCGGGUAACAAUGCCACAGCGGCCGGUGAGAGAGCGAUAGAAGUAGCAAAGACGAAAUCUGGUGAAUUGAUUGACGUCGAGGCCAGGAAGAUAAAGGAUGAUAGCACGAAUUUGAAGACAAAGGCACAAGCUGAGAAAGAUAAAGCAGAAGCAAUGGAAGCCAAGCUGAGGAAUAUGAGCAUCCCACUUGAUCAGACUGAUGAAACUCUGCUGGAUGUCCGUCGGAAGAAACGUCCACUGGAUAAGUCUUUGUCCAUGCUGAACCGGUCAAGAGAAGCUAUCUUGGAUAAGAUCAGGGCAGCUAAUGAGACAGUCGACAAAGCCAACGAAGUGACCAUCCCAACCCUCGUUGAUGUUAUGGCAACUAGGGACAAGAUUGACAAUGAACUGGCACCGAGGUUGGAGGAGAUCAAAAACAAGACGGAAUCUAUCACGGACAUACCUAAUAUCAUUGAUGAGAGUGCUUACAACACGAUCAGGGCAAAGAAUAUCACAGAGGCCCUGAAUAAUCAGAAAGUUGCUCUUGAUGUUAAGAAUGAUGAUAUCCAAGCUAGUCUAUUGUCGCUCCGGGAUAAGAUACGUUUGGCAAGGCAGCAAGCAAACACGAUUCGUGUUUCAUUGAAGUGCGCUGGUGGCUGUGUGAGGACUUACAAGCCAGAUACAGAGCCUGGCACCAUGAACACCAUUAGCUACAACUUCAAGACCAAUAUCAGCGAGGCAUAUGCGAUGAUGCUUUAUAUUGAACAGGGACCGCAGCCGAGUGACUUCCUUACCUUGUACUUGAAGAGAGGCCGUGUCAGGAUGGCUUGGAAUGCUGGUGGAGGAGCAAGGGUCUUGGAGAAUAAAAUGGAUAUCCUGCCGGAGAAGAGUUUCGACAAAGAGGCUGAUCGUUGGUACAGAAUUGAAGCCCAAAGGGCGGGCAAUGUGGGCCAGUUGACUGUGAAGAGGAUCGCAAGUGGAGACUCGCAGACUGUCACUGCCUCCUCCUUCCCCUACUACACCAGGCUGGACAUCAACCGGUUGACCCCUCUCUAUGUAGGAGGCAUUCCCCCUGCCGUGCAGAUGCCCAACACAGAGAUUGAACCCAGCAGCUUCGUCGGCUGUAUCAGCGAGCUGGAGUUUGACGGAGGAAGGAUUGGCUUGCAUAACUUCUUGAAGACAACAAACCACGAGAGUUGUGGUGGCUGUAUUGAAUCGCCAGCAGAACUACCCCCAGCCGGUACGUACCAGUUCUUGGGAUACGGCUUCUCGGAGAUGCCCCAAGUGAGACGAUACACCAACCAGAAGCUGUUUGUCCUUAUGCAGUUCAAGACGGUCUGGAACCAAGGAUUAGUGUUCCUGUCUGUCAAUAAGAAAGACGUGAGUAUAUUUUCUAAAGGCACAAGGGCAAGGAAAACUUUAGAUUUCAGCCUUCCAUAUUACAGAUGA